AUCAGUUCGUAUUAGAUUGAAUAUUUGAACCGGUGUUUUAAUUAAAAUAGAAACAUAUUGGUUUAUAAACAAUAAUAAAAGCUAUAAAAUAAUAAAUUAAAUAUCGAGUAUAAUGUAUUUACGUUGCAAAAAUGUAUUUUUAAUAGCAUUAUGUUUAGCAUCAACAACAGCAUAUCCAAAAUUCAAAAAUGAUUGUAAUAAAUCAUUAACAAAUAUAAAAGAAAUAAAUAAUUAUAAUAACAAAAACAGUGAGUCAAAUCAACAAUUAACGAAUUGCUCAAAAAAAUAUCAAAGCAAUAGCAAAGAACAGUUGGAUACAGUUUUAGAAACACAUAAAGAACAAAAAAGAGAUUUACAAUGGGGAUAUAGUGCUCAAUCAAAAGUAUUCUUUCCUGAUGACGAAUAUCUAACAUAUUUAGGUAUACCCUAUACAAAUAAUGACAAAGCCAUCGAAAUAUUACAUGCUGGUCCACAAUCUAUAGACUUCAGUAAAAGUCCAGAAAGCAUUGAAACAACUACAAUACCUAGCACUACUACUACCACUACUUCUAAACCCAAAGAUAAAUCUCCCGCCGAUGAUAUCCUAUUAAGUGAACUCACAAAUUUAUCACUGGAUCUUGAUGAUGAAGUGUCUGUGGGUCAAAAAAUCGAAAUGAAACGUUCUGAUUUGAAAUCAGACACCGAUUCCCUUAACCCAACUGGCGUGGAAAUAUUACAAAAUACGUCUCUGAUUUGUGGUUCAUCGUUGGGUAAAAGAAUUUCGUUUGCUAAUGAAACUACUUUAAUGGAAUUUCCCUGGACAGCUUUACUUUUGUAUAAUACUAAAAUACGUUAUCAUUGUGGUGGUAGUCUAAUAACCACAAAGUACGUACUAACAGCUGCUCAUUGUGUAGCUCAGGAAUUUUAUGAAUUAACUGGUGUACGUUUGGGAGAACAUGAUGUUACCGAGGAUCCAGACUGUGCUCCGGACUUAGGUGGUGAUGACAUAUGUGCUACGACAGUGGAUGUUACUGUCGUUAAAAUUAUAGUUCAUCAUGCGUAUUCACAUUUAUCGUUUAAAAAUGAUAUAGCUCUGCUGAUGCUGGAUAAGGAAUAUUUAAGUAGAUCAUUUUAUCCAAUUUGUAUACCAUCUCCCGAUAUGACAUUUAACGAUGGAAGAGCCCUUGUAGCUGGUUGGGGUGCUACUGAAAAAACAAUACAUUCGGCCGUUUUAUUAAAAGCUGAGGUACCCAUUUUAGAUAUUUCAAAAUGUAGCGAAAUAUAUCGUUAUAGUGUUUUCAAUGAUUCAACGGAAAUCUGUGGAUCUGGUGUUAAUGAAAUUGAUGUUUGUAAAGGCGAUUCGGGAGGUGCAAUAUUUUAUCGCAAAAGCAGUGGAAAGAAAGACAAAUAUCAUAUGUUGGGUAUUAUAUCGCUGGGAGUAAGACGUUGUGGUGAUAGCCGUUUCUUACCUGCGGUAUUUACAAAAUUGAAAGGUUUUUACAAAUGGAUUGAAAAUAAUUUGGAAUAGUAAUUAACUUGUUAUUUUUUUAACUAUUAGUAAUUGU